CCUCAUUCUCCCUCCCUGAAACUUGUUUGAAAACCCAAGUGAAAACUGCGACGACCUGCACGCUCAAAAGCGAGUGCCAAGCUCACAGCACACCUCACUUCGGGCGGACGCAGUUUUUCACGUGCGUGGUAGGCACUUGGGGUCAGUGACUGCCGGGCUGGACAGCAUGGCUCUGUGUGAUGGCUGAAUAUUCAAGCACUAUUUGUCAGACAGAGUACAGAGUGCCUGAGCAGCGGCAUUGCUUGCAUUCCUGACCACCACGGCUUUAAGAAUAUCCACCCGCCACGAGGCAGCUCCGUUGCUUUCAGACUCGCCUGGGAACUGGGACGCCCCUCUGGCAAUCUGUCAGUGCCUGGAUCAGCUGCAUCCUUUCUGGGGUAUUUUCUCACCAGACUGACAGUCCUUAAGACAAGUAUGCAGUUAAGCUGCUAAGGGAUGGAAGAAGCCAGUCUGUGCCUUGGAGUGUCCUCAGCGGCGCCGGAAGCAGAGCCCCAUCUGAGCGGCCCCGUCCUCAACGGCCAGUAUGCCAUGAGUCAGAAGUUGCACCAGAUCACCUCCCAGCUCAGCCAUGCUUUCCCCGAGCUACAUCCGCGGCCCAACCCCGAGGAGAAGACCCCCGCGCCUCUCGACGAGAAGGCCCACGUGCCCAUGAGUGGCCAGCCCAUGGGCAGUCAGAUGGCGCUCCUGGCCAACCAGCUGGGCCGGGACGUGGACACCAGCCUCAACGGGCGGGUGGAUCUGCAGCAGUUCCUCAACGGUCAGAAUCUGGGCAUCAUGUCCCAGAUGAGCGACAUCGAGGACGACGCCCGCAAAAACCGGAAGUACCCGUGCCCGCUCUGCGGCAAGCGCUUCCGCUUCAACAGCAUCCUCUCCCUGCACAUGCGCACUCACACCGGCGAGAAGCCCUUCAAGUGCCCGUACUGCGACCACCGGGCGGCGCAGAAAGGGAACCUCAAGAUCCACCUGCGGACCCACAAGCUGGGCAACCUGGGGAAGGGGCGCGGGCGGGUGCGCGAGGAGAACCGCCUGCUGCACGAGCUGGAGGAGAGGGCCAUCUUGCGGGACAAGCAGAUGAAGAGCAGCCUGCUGCAGCCCCGGCCCGACCUGAAGCCCCUGGCGCACGCCCAGCAGGCCCCGCUGGCCGCCUGCAACCUGGCCCUGCCCACCAACCACAGCGUGCCGGACGUGGCCAACCCGGUGCCCUCGCCCAAGCCGGCCAGCGUGCAAGAGGACGCGGUGGCGCCCGCCGCUGGCUUCCGCUGCACCUUCUGCAAGGGCAAGUUCAAGAAGCGGGAGGAGCUGGACCGCCACAUCCGCAUCUUGCACAAACCCUACAAGUGCACGCUCUGCGACUUCGCCGCCUCGCAGGAGGAGGAGCUCAUAAGCCACGUGGAGAAGGCCCACAUCACGGCCGAGUCGGCCCAGGGCCAGGGCCCCGGCGGCGGCGGGGAGCAGUCGGCCAGCGAGUUCCGGUGCGAGGUGUGCGGGCAGGUGUUCAGCCAGGCGUGGUUCCUAAAGGGCCACAUGCGGAAGCACAAGGACUCCUUCGAGCACUGCUGCCAGAUCUGCGGCCGGCGCUUCAAAGAGCCCUGGUUCCUGAAGAACCACAUGAAGGUCCACCUCAACAAGCUGUCCGUGAAGAACAAGUCCCCCAGCGACCCCGAGGUGCCUGUGCCCAUGGGCGGCAUGUCCCAGGAGGCCCAUGCCAACCUGUACUCCAGGUAUCUCUCCUGCCUGCAGAGUGGCUUCAUGGCCGCAGACAAAGCCAGCCUGAGCGAGCCCAGCCAGCUCUACGGCAAAGGCGAGCUGCCCCUGAAGGAGAAGGAGGUGGUGGGGAAGCUUCUGACCCCCAUCUCCAGCAUGGCCCACGGUGUCCCCGAGGGUGACAAGCACUCCCUCCUGGGAUGCCUCAACCUGGUGCCACCGCUGAAAUCCAGCUGCAUCGAGCGGUUGCAGGCGGCUGCCAAAGCUGCCGAGAUGGACCCCGUGAACAGCUACCAGGCUUGGCAGCUCAUGGCCAGGGGCAUGGCCAUGGAACACGGCUUCUUGUCUAAAGAGCACCAGCUCCAGCGCAACCACGAAGACACUUUGGCAAACGCCGGAGUUCUGUUUGAUAAGGAGAAGCGGGAGUACGUGUUAGUGGGAGCAGAUGGCUCCAAGCAGAAAAUGCCUGCUGAUUUGGUUCACAGCACUAAAGUGGGCAAUCAGAGAGACCUGCCAAAUAAGCUCGACCCUUUAGAAGGCAGUCGGGAUUUUUUGUCACACGGGCUCAACCAGGCUCUCGAGUAUAACCUGCAGGGUCCCGGGAGCCUGAAGGACAAGCCGACCGAGUGCCCAGACUGCGGCCGAGUGUUCCGCACCUACCACCAGGUGGUCGUGCACUCCCGUGUCCACAAGAGGGACCGCAAGGGUGACGAGGACGGGCUGCACGGGGGGCCCGACGAACGGCGUGGCUCGGGCAGCGACCAGGAGUCCCAGUCGGUGAGCCGCUCCACCACGCCCGGCUCCUCCAACGUCACCGAGGAGAGCGGGGUCGGAGGCGGGCUCUCGCAGACCGGGAGCGCCCAGGAGGACAGCCCGCACCCCUCCUCGCCGUCCUCCUCAGACAUUGGCGAGGAGGCUGGGAGAUCGGCCGGCGUCCAGCAGCCCGCACUGCUUCGUGACAGAAGCCUAGGAUCGGCCAUGAAGGACUGCCCGUACUGCGGGAAAACCUUCCGGACAUCCCAUCACCUAAAGGUCCACCUGAGGAUACACACAGGUGAGAAACCCUACAAAUGUCCCCACUGUGAUUAUGCCGGUACCCAAUCAGCUUCCUUAAAAUACCACCUAGAACGGCACCACCGGGAGCGGCAGAAUGGAGCUGGGCCACUGUCUGGGCAGCCCCCGAACCAAGACCACAGGGACGAGCUGUCCAACAAAGCCGCUUUGUUUAUCAGGCCAGACAUCCUGAGGGGCGCCUUUAAGGGGCUCCCCGGAAUCGACUUCAGAGGUGGCCCUGCGUCUCAGCAGUGGACGUCAGGAGCGCUCUCGUCCGGAGAUCACACAGGACAGGCCAGUGGCAUGUCUUCUGAGGCUCCUUCAGACACCCUGAAAGGCACUGACCUUCCUUCCAAAAGCACCCACUUCUCCGAAAUCGGGAGAGCUUAUCAAAGUAUCGUGAACAACGGUGUGAAUUUCCAAGGGUCCUUGCAAGCGUUCAUGGACAGCUUUGUCCUAAGCUCCUUGAAGAAGGAGAAGGACUUGAAGGACAAAGCCCUCUCUGACCCUCCUUCCAUGAAGGUCCAUGGGGCGGACGGCGGCGAGGAGAAGGUGGGCGGCAAGGUGGCCCCCAGGAAGUCUGAGAAGUCUCAGUAUGAGCCCCUGGACUUGUCCGUGCGGCCGGACGCUGCCUCCCUCCCGGGCUCCUCGGUGACUGUGCAAGAUAGCAUUGCGUGGCACGGCUGCUUGUUUUGUGCUUUCACAACGUCCUCUAUGGAGCUGAUGGCUCUUCAUCUCCAGGCCAACCACCUGGGCAAAGCGAAACGCAAAGAUAACACUAUCGGGGUGACAGUCAACUGCAAAGACCAAGCCCGGGAGGCCAGUAAAGUGGCCUUGCUGCCCUCGGUACAAUCAAGCAAAGAGAUGGCGCUUUCCACCAUGAUGGGACCUCUAGACUCGGCUUCCGAGAAGAUGGCCCAAGGACAGGUCAAAGAGACUCUGGGGGAGCAGAAGAGCGGCCCGUGGCCCAGCCACGUGGACCCCUCGUUCUGUAGCUUCCCAUCAGACUUCUACAAGCAGUUCGGUGUUUACCCAGGCCUGCUGGGCCCAGGGGCCGCCAGCUCCUGCCCCAACAGGGAGCCCGACGGGAAGGCCCACUCCGAAGAUGACGCCCCGAUCCUGAUCCCCGAAACCACAAAUAAGAACACUACUGAUGACCUCUCGGACAUCGCCUCCUCGGAGGACAUGGACUCCUCCAAGGGAGAAAACAACGAGGAAGAGGAUAUUGACACAGAGCCGGAGGUGAUGAGCAAGCCGCCUGCCCUGAGCAAGGACGGGGGCAGCGACAGCGGGGAUGGCCUGCUGCCUACGGGCACCCCACAGCCUGUCCAGGGACUGGUCUCCCCUCUGCCCCAGGCGUCGGAGAAGCAGUGGCAUAGCCCGGGCCUUCUUCCAGCCCAGGACCCCACUGCGGGCCUGCCCAAGCCAGAGCGGGGGCCCCAGGGCCUGGAGAAGCCGAUGAACGUGCUGUCGGUCCUCAGGGCCUAUAGCUCUGAUGGCUUAGCAGCCUUUAACGGACUUGCAAGUAGCACAGCAAAUUCUGGAUGUAUCAAGAGGCCAGACUUGUGUGGUCACAGGCCUUUCCAGUGCCGCUAUUGUCCCUACAGUGCCUCUCAGAAGGGAAAUCUGAAGACCCACGUCCUCUGUGUCCAUCGCAUGCCUUUUGACAACAGCCAAUACCCCGACCGCAGGUUCAAGCGCUCCAGAGUCGACUCAGAGGCUUCUGGGAAUUUCGAAGACCCCGCAGCUGUCAAGGCGGGGAGCUCAGCGGAGUUAACGGAGGAAGGCAGCAAGGCCCAGGAGGAGCGCAACUGAGCCAACCAAUUCGGAGAUUGCAAUAUUAUUUUACACAGUUUUCAGAUUAUGCAUCUGGUAAAAGCGUUUGCUAACUGCAUUCCAAGGGGAAAAAUCAUGUGCAACCCCCACUAGUGUAUAGAACAUUUAAAAAUUUUAAAAAGAUAUCUAUAUAUAUAUUAAAAAAAAAAUCCCCAGCCCUUGAAAAUGGCUGCUAAACUGUUACCCGGCAACAAGUACUUCCAAACAAUGCAGGUGGGAGAAAAGGGAUUUCAGAAAUGCUUGGUGUCCUCCGAGCUCAAGAAAGCUGGGGGGCCCUUCCAACGCUAGAGUCGCCUAUGUCCAAAUAUCAAGCUCUUAACUGCAAAACGAUGCCAUCUAAAUGAUUUAGUGUUGCCUUGAAGAUGGAGGGGCUGUGUUUUCAUUGUUGAAAACACCUCUAUAAUCUGACACCAGCUGCUGUCAUCUGCCUCGCACCCUAAUGGGAUGUGUUGGGAGGCAGUCGCGGUGCCAGUCAGACUGGAGCGGUCACUGCAGAGAAAAUCAAUUCACGUGGUGUCGUAACUGCUCUCGUGGAGAAAUCUUAGCCGGCCCGCAGCCAGCGCCAGGGCAGACCAGCUCUGCAGAGGCUUGCCGUCUUCAAUGUGCAUUUAAAAAAAAUCCACAGCCAAAUGAAUCAAUGGUCAGGAAGUGUCUGCAGACAAAUGUCCAUUGCAGGUUUGAUGAGUAAUUCCUUUUUUUAGAUCAAAUUGCAGUAAAGAGGGAAAUGCUUUUUCUCGGUUGUGUUUUUUCUUUCCUUUAAUUUUUGGAGGAAUUUACAAGAAGGUUGCUAAUUAAAAAAAUAGGGAGAUAUGAUAUCAAAUGCUUAGAACUAGCCCACCCUACUCACAGAAGGUGCUGGGGAAGAAUGGAAAUUUACGUAAUAGUAGAAAGAUUGUUUUUAUUAUGAUUUGUAAAAUGUUACUUGAAUGAAGGCUGCUCCAGUCCUUAUUAUCAGAUUUUUUUCAUCUGUUAGUUUUUGUAAGUGUCAUAGACAUGAAGCAAGAUUUUCUUCUCCAGCAAGCUCUUAUGAAAUAGCUUGUAUUAAAAUAUGAAUCUAAACAUCCUGCUCUCUAUCACUAAUGAAGAAAACUGUUUAAGUUAAAAUGUCUGUUUUUGUAAAACAAAUGUGUUCUAUAUUUUUGUAGAUUUUAGAUUUUCUACUGAUUGGAUACUCCAAAUUUAUCAAGUUCUGCACCACCCAGAGGGAGAUUUGGAGGGCCAAUAAUGAAACACUUGACUCAUUUUUUUAACAAUUUAUGAAGACUAGUUAAGGGUUUAUUCUUGAAUCUGCUAGUGUGGCGUCAGAGUUCAGCCUCUUAACAUAUUUCCUUUGAGUGACACGAAAUUGGUGCUGUUGCUUGUGACGGUGGAGAAGUACUGAAGUAUUAACUUCUUCUAAGACAAAAUUAUUCAGACUUUAAAAAAAAAGAUCGAUAUUUCCUUGCAGGCUGGGAGCACAGAAUAAAACCCCAGGGCCUUAAAAACUUCAGCUCUGCCUACAGCAGUUUACAAAAAUACUAAACUGCAAUCAAUGUAAAUAAAAUGCUUCGCUAUCCUGAGACCAGAAGGAAUCUCAGGCUAAUAAGGAAUCCGGUUUGCAUAUGCUGUCGAGAGGGUGACAUCCACCCGGGGUUUCAGUGUAAACGCAAUCACUGUACAAUGUGGACCCAUCUGGCAUAGAGCAAGCUGCUUUCUUGUUUUUCUAGAAUAGUUCUCACUGCCUUACUUAAAUCGAGUUGAUAAACUUAAUGCAACUGUUUCUAUGAUCCUAGAGAAAGGACUGAAAUGUUAUUGAAAACUUUCCGACUGUAGUAAGCUUUAGGAUUUUAACUGCACUACUGUGUUUGGUGACUGUGCCAGUCGCUUGCUUUCUGUGUGUUUGCCCCCGCCUUUGGUAUCUUAGCAAAGAAAAAUAUAAAAAAGAAGAAAAAAAAAAAGUAAAAAGAGGAAAAAAGAGGAAAAAAAAGUGGAAAAAAAAAAAAAAACGAGAGCCACAUUCCAUUUCUAGCACUUUGGGCGCUCUUUCAGUAUCCUUUUGUGUCUUCUGAGCAUCGUCAGAUGCGACAGGCAAUAAUUCUGUUUGUGACACUGGGAACAUCCCCUCUUCUUUGUGGCGUGUGCGUUGAUCCCAUUUUGUCCAGUGCUACCGUCCUUAUUUCCCCCCUGACACAGGCCUUCUCUCCAGAACAUUUGUAACUUGUAAUGCAAACAAGUGACAGCCGCAGUGAUGCAGUGUCAGUUUCUGAAUGUCAUCAGGUUCUCAUAUCUAAACAUGUCAAGUUUCUUCCCUGUAACUUCUGUAGUCUGUGAUGCUGGUCAUAAUACUGUCUACAUUCCUACACAAAGAAAAAAAAAUCUAUCUUGGAGGAAAUCUGAGAUCAAUAGAGUAGAGGAUUUUGUUGCUAUGCUUGUAACAAGUAGAAAACUUUGUAUUUAAAGUUUAUUCUUGGUCAUUAUUUAUUAUUAUAAUACAUCAGUUGACAGAACUUUAUUCUGGUAUAGAAAGUAUUAAAAGUUGUUUUUUCAGCAAUGACUGUUUUCUUUCUGCUGUUAGAAUAAAAUGUCUUUGAAGCA